AUCUGGUAUAAUCAAGAGAAGGACACACAUCAUGAUUGUUGCAGGCAACAGCCAGACGAAGAAAUCCCAACUUUUUAGUCCAAGGCAGUCGCCGGUGGCCAAUUAUCCUCAGAAGCAAGGAAAGCCCACUGCCACCGCCAAUGGGUCUCGUGGAUUCUGUCGGAGUCUUAAUGACUGCAUGAGUAUGGGGUCUGUUGCUUCCACAAGCCAGAACCAGCCCCAGCCUCCCCCGAAAUUACAGCAGCAGGUGGCAGACCUCGAAAGAGAAGUCCUUAAGCAGAGGGAGCUCCGAAUCAUUUACAGGAAGAGAAUGGAGAGAACCCAUGACUAUCUAAAAUACUGUCUUCAAGUAGCCCAAGAUAAUGGCUUCUUAAAUCUUAUAAUUAAGAACAAAGAUUCUGAUUUUGAUCGACAAGAUUGCCCUUUUCCUUCUACCUUAAUUAGCACCGAAACUAGUCCUCAAUUGUCGCCUCCACUUCACCAGCAUCCCGACCUUGCAGGUCUCAUUUGCCAAGCCAAGAUGAACGGAUGGUACAUUGAUCACCCCGAGAUUGAACUGCAAGAGAAAAUAGGCCAAGGAAGCACAGCAGAAAUUUACAGGGCGGUUUGGCGAGGGCUUGAUGUUGCAGUGAAGUGCAUAUCUCCCAGUUUCUUCGAGUCAAACGAAAAUGGUGAAUCCUUUUUUGCUCAAGAACUCGACACUUUGUCAAGGCAACGCCACCGUUUCGUGCUGCAACUGAUGGGCGCAUGUCUCGAUCCUCCUGAUCAUGCAUGGGUUGUCACUGAAUACUUGGGCAUGACACUGAAGGAGUGGCUUCAUGGGCCAGGUAAUAGCAGGCGAAAAGAGAGAUUGGUUCCUCUUCCUCCGAUUGAAGAGAGGAUUAUUAAAGCAUUGGAGAUCUCCCAAGCAAUGCAAUACCUCCAUCAACAAAAACCAAAACUCAUUCAUCGAGAUCUUAAGCCUAGCAAUAUCUUUUUGGACGAUGCAAAUCACGUAAGGGUGGCAGAUUUUGGCCAUGCUAGAUUCUUGAGCGAUGAAGAAAUGGCAUUUACUGGUGAAACUGGAACAUAUGUUUACAUGGCACCAGAGGUGAUUCGAUAUGAACCUUACAAUGAAAAAUGCGACGUCUACAGUUUUGCCAUUAUACUUAACGAGAUCAUGACAGGAACUCAUCCUUACAUUGAAACAGAUUUUGGUCCCACCAAGAUUGCCAUGGAAGUUGCAGAAGGUUACCUGAGGCCAAUGCUUCCAGAGGACGAUGGACAACUUGGAGAAAUCAUCAAUCUCAUUUGCUUGUCGUGGGAUCAAGAUGCUUCUGUUAGACCAUCUUUUGCAAAAAUCACUUCAACUCUCAAGAAAUUUCACCAGAAAAUUACAGAGAGCAGUGAGAUUGAUUAUUGCAUUUGAUUAGUCAGCUUCUUGUAAUCUUCCUAUACUUUUAAUAUGGUUAAUUAGUCUUAAUAUAUCCCAAUUAUAUAUGAUUACGGGCAGAAAAAAAAUUAAAAAAAAAAAAAACAUUAAUCCAGCUUAUCAAACUUACCAACU